GUCCGCAAAUCUUGUGUCUUCCUCCUCAGACAACAAAUGAAGACAAAAACGUACAACUGAAAAAUCUCGAGCGACAAAAAAAAAAAAAAGACACAGAGAAGAGAAGAGAUAAAUUGUCUUAAAAUUACAGCAAUCCUCAGUUGUUCAUCAAUGGCGAGCAUCUCCUCAGCCCUCGCCAUCUCCCGCUCUCCUCUCCCCUUACCUGCCCACUCCUCGCGCUUCAAGAGAGCACCAGUAAUUUCCAUCAAGUACAGCUCCGACCCAUCUCCUGAACCCGACCCUGAGGCCCCAUUAAAGGGUUCUUCUCUCUUGGGCAUUUCCACAAACAGUUGGUGUGCUGGGCUCGGGACCUUGGGAUUUCUUGAAACUGGGUACCUGAGCUAUUUGAAGCUCACGAAUUCUGAAGCUUUUUGCGCUGUUGGAGGGGGGAGCUGCAGGGAUGUGCUCAACAGUGAUUACUCCUCUGUUUUUGGUGUUCCUCUGCCAGUGAUCGGUAUGAUGGCGUAUGGUUUUGUUGCACUACUUUCUCUAGAGCAGACCCGAAAGAAUUUGCUCUCUGUAGUUGGUGAAACUGAUAUUCGCCUGAUUUUGCUUGGGACUACUACAUCAAUGGCAACAGCAAGUGCUUAUUUUCUGUAUCUUUUAAGCACAAAAUUAGCUGGGUCAUUUUGUUCAUACUGCUUUAUGUCAGCUAUUCUAUCCUUCAGCUUAUUCUUUAUUACUCUAAGGGAUUUUGGCUUGGAAACUAUCCAAAAGGCAAUGGGUAUACAGUUAGUGACUGCUCUUGUAAUUAUAGCUGCUUUGAGCACUUCAUAUAUGGAUGUACCUCAAUUUUCCAGGUGCAAAUCAACGACAACAAUGCUUCACCAAAUCAGCGAUCAAUCUAGGCAGGAAGCUCAAGAAUAAAAUGAAGCAAACGAUGGUUUUUAAGCAAAAGUUGCAAUGUACUAAGUUUGAACCUUUGUAAAAUUAUUCUGAUAAUUAAUGUAAUGAUUUGUUCUCUUAA